AUGGAGAUGGAUGGUAAUACUUGUGAGAAAGAAGUUGAUAAUACAAUCAAUGUAGAAGAAAAAUUAGAAGAGACAAAAUUGAGAAUGAUGUUUAAUACAGUUGGCAAAAUAAUGGAGUACUACAUAAAAUAUGAUAAUGGCCUAGAGUUUUCCAUAAAAACAAGAACAUCGUCAAAGGGAGAUGAUGGAGAGCUAAGAUAUGUGACAUUUGCAUGUUCUCGCUCGAAAAUGUCAAAGUCUACAUCAAGAAAUGCCUUCCAAAUGCAUCUAAUCACCAAAAAUGACUGUAAAGCUAAGUUGAGAGAGCAACUACAUGUCCCGAAGGCAAGUGGCGAGUGA